UUAACCACAAUAUCCUGAGGAGAAUCUGAUGGAGGGAGAGUCUGAGAAGGCCAGUUCCGACAGCUGGGUGGUGGAUAUUAAAAAGAAGCUCGAGAACACCGACCCGUUACAGGAGAAGAAGCGUUGGGAGAAACCCUCCAUCUACCGGGUGCCGGAAUGGGUCAUGAAUUUGACCCACGAGGAGGCCUACCAGCCGCAGGUGGUGUCGCUUGGCCCCUUCCACCAUGGCGAGCGUGCCCUGCGUCCCAUGGAAGAACACAAGCAACGAGCGGUGCUGCACAUUGUUAAGCGAUCGAAGAGGCCACUCGAAGAGUUCAUCGCCGCCAUUGAGAAGGUGGCAGAUGAGCUAUUGGACGCCUACGAUGGCCUCGCAGACGAAUGGCGCCGAGAGAAAAGAGGUCGCUUCGUGGAGAUGAUGGUCGCCGAUGGGUGCUUCUUGCUGGAAGUGAUGAAGGGGCUUGCAGAAAAAAAGGCACCCGCUGAUUACGCGUCUAAUGACCCCAUCUUCAGCGUGCACGGCAUGCUUUAUUUGUGGGUAGGCAUCCAAUCCGACAUGGUCGUCAUAGGAAACCAGCUGCCUCUGCUCGCUCUCCAAAGGCUAGAAGCUGUUUGGCGUGGAACAUAUCCGAGCGCCGCCGAGAUCAACAGAUUGGUGCGUGAUUUUCUAUGCCAACCGCUCCAGAAAGGCAUCUUUCUCGAGGGAGCUGGCAUCUCCGAUAAACACAUCGACGAACUGUGUCUCCACCCCCUGGACGUUUUCCACAAAAGCUUUUGUGGCCGUUCAGACUGCCAAGGAACUGGUCAGUGGGAAUGGAGCGUGCCCUCCGCUGUGGAGCUCAAAGAAGCAGGAAUCCAGUUCAAGAAGAGCAAAACUCAAAACGUCUGCGACGUCGUCUUCCAAAACGGCGUGCUCAGUAUGCCUGCGGUCCCAGUCCACAACAGCAUCGAGAAGAUCUUCCUCAACUUGAUGGUAUUCGAACGGCUCCACAGCGAUGCCGGGAGCAACGCGACGGCCUAUAUGAUCUUUAUGGACAACCUCAUCGACUCGGAGAAGGACGUGGCCCUGCUGAGAUCCAAAGGAAUCAUCAAAAACCUGUUGAGCAGCGACAAGGAGGCGGCGAACAUGUUCAACAUCCUGAGCAAGGGAGCAGUGUUGAGUCCAUCUAGCAAGCUGCACGACGUGCGAAGGGAGCUGAAUGCCCACUGCAAGAAGCCUUGGAACAGGUGGCGGGCCAUCUUUGUGCACAAGUAUCUGAACAACCCGUGGGUGUUCAUGUCCCUCAUAACCGCUACCAUCCUUCUCUUCGCCACACUCCUGCAGACCAUCUACGCUGUCGUGGAUUUCCACACCAAGAGCUAGCAAGCACUAAUAUUGGUACGCACCCAAGAUCGCACGAUCCAUGGGCAAGUGUGGCUCCCAAUAUUCUUAUUGUGUGCAUGCAUGUC